AUGUCGUCCUCCGAAAGGCCUGCUUCUCCAACGCCAUCAGAACGCGAAAGGCUUGACGCCGAAGCUCGAAAGAAAGAAGAAGCUGAACAAGCCACAUUGCCCUACAAGUGGACGCAGAGAAUCGAGGAUGUCGAUGUCACAAUACCAAUUCCUGGCAAUCUAAAAGCGAAAGACCUGAUAGUGGAGAUCAAAAAGAUGAGGAUAAAGGCUCAAAUUAAGGGUCAGGAUCCGUUGAUUGAGGGCGACUUCCCCCAUCCCAUCAUGCCCGACGAAUGCACAUGGACGCUCGAAACCACUCCUACGGGGAAAGAAAUCUCCAUCCACCUCGACAAACAGUACAAGUCAGAGUGGUGGGCACAUGUUGUUACCACCGCACCCAAGAUAGACGUCACCAAGAUCCAGCCGGAGAACUCGAAAUUGAGCGACCUCGAUGGUGAGACGAGAGGAAUGGUGGAGAAGAUGAUGUAUGAUCAGGAGAUGAAGAGGCAGGGGAAGCCGACAAGCGAGGAACAGCAGAAACAGGAUAUGUUGAAGAAAUUCAUGGCACAGCAUCCAGAGAUGGAUUUCAGUCAGGCGAAGAUGGGCUGA